UGAAUGUCCAUAUAUUCUUCUUCUUCUUCUUCUUUCUUCUUUGUUCAUUUCUUCUUCUUUUCUUCUUCAUUUUUCUAACUAUUUAUGGAGAAUUAUCAAAUGUUCUUUCCUUGUUCAUCUUCAAUGGGUCAACCAUCAGGGUUUCCUAUGGCAUCAAAUAUGGGAGCUGCUAGUUCUAAUAUGGGUUUUAAUGGUUUACAAGGAGAGAGCUUAAAUGGGUUUUUAAAUUUGAGGACAGAAAACCAAGUCCGGCUUGUGAGAGAAGAAGAAGAAGUCGAAAAACACCAUUCUCAAAGUGGAAGCAUUACUACUAGUGCUGAUCAUGGGGCUGAAAAUGGUCAGGCAAGAAUGUUAGCUGGGAGGAAGAAGGGGGAGAAGAAGAUUAGAAAGCCCAGAUAUGCUUUUCAAACAAGAAGUCAGGUUGAUAUUCUUGAUGAUGGAUAUCGAUGGAGGAAAUAUGGUCAAAAGGCAGUGAAGAACAAUAAAUUUCCGAGGAGCUACUAUAGAUGUACAUAUCAGGGGUGCAAUGUAAAGAAGCAAGUCCAGCGCCUAACAAGGGAUGAUGGAAUUAUAGUGACUACUUAUGAAGGGAUGCACUCACAUCCAAUUGACAAGCCUACUGACAAUUUUGAACAUAUCUUGAAUCAGAUGCAAAUUUACACUCCCUUUUGAACUACAAGUUGCUUACUCUUCCGUUUUGUAAAACAAUGUCCUGAUGCAGAUACUAAGCUAGAUUAUGUAGCCUAUAUAUAGGAAAAAUAAAAAUUAUGCUUUGUGAAGUGACCUGCAUAAUAUAUUUCUCUCUAGCUAUGAAUUGAUAUAUAUUAAGGUUUUGUUUGGGAUAA